UUUCCUGACGUAAAAGAUUUCAGGCGCGCUCUGGCUUAGGUUCUAGUGGACGAAAGAUAAGUGAAGUUUCACUUCUUUUUAUCGCUGUCCUCCAGGGAAUGAAUCCACAAGACAGCUCAGAUCCACCACAGCUUCUGUCCCUCGGGAUAAGAAAAACGCCAUGUGACAAAAUUUUCUCUACGGAUGCUGACCAUACCUUUCUACGACAGAUGUCUAUUGUCAUUUCUGUGCAAGAACAGGCAGCAGCACAGUCCUCCCUGACCAAACCAGAUGUCAUCCCUGACGAAAAGGUUGACGAAUCCAGUGUGAAUGAUAUUGUUAUAAAGCAACAAGAGGCAACAACCCCACAUCCCAUCAGUGAUUUUCAACGACAGAUGUCUCCUUUAAGUGAUGAUAGCAACAGCACAAAGGACAAGGAAGAGGAAAAAAUGUCUCAAACACUGUCUCAAACAUGCACUCAGUUGACCUCUGACAAAGCUGAUCAGUCAUGUUCAACUGCUUUAGAAGAUCAGCAGAGAACUAAGAAUAACCUGCAGUCUGAUUUAGUAAGAAACCAAAAAGUGAGCCCACCUGCACCUAGCAGUGAAUGCAUGGGAAACAGCAAAGAUGACAAAGUUGAAGCAGUCACGGAAGAGCCAGCCAAAAAGAGGAAAAGAAUGGGUAUGUGUGGUCUCACAGAGAAGGAGCGAAGUCAUUUUUUACAGAUAAGUAGGAAUGUAAAUGGACAGAACAGUCGACUGAAAGUUGAAAGGCAGAUAGCCUUCAAUAACGCUGACACUGAAUCAUCUCUCUUACAAUCAUCGCUGCUUCCAACCUCUGUGGCCGUCAUUACAGACCCGAGGGAGGAAGAGGUGCUUCACUCCAGUCAGGAUAGCGCAGCAGACAGGCCAAAAACAGCAAUCGACAUUCCUGAAGAGGGCUCAGUUCUUGCUCCAGACCCACCUGUAAAGGAAAAGGAAUAUUGUUUGGAGAACCCAAAUCCUCAAGAAGUGGACUGUGGAUCGUCAAGCGUAACUUCUUGUGACGUGGAGGUGCAGUAUGUUGCCAUAACAACUGAUGAGAAGAUGCAGGACGUGUGUGGUGAUGCUGUGGACUGUGACGAAGACAAAGCAGAUGCAUUGUCAGUUCGCACCCAAGAAGGAGACUGCAGUGCCAAACUCUGUGAAGCUGCGCCCUCUGGCGUCCAAGAGACGAAUGACAUGCCUGGUCAUGAUAAUCAGCAUUGUUCUGGUGCUGUAAAAACAGAGCACCCAAGCACCAUGAGCCCCACUGACUUCCUUGGAUCUGGGUGCUUCGAUUUCAUCUCAGACUCGCAGCUCUACAAUAUCCAGUUGAUUGAGGAGCAGGAAAUAAAGGAGAGAGUCGCUGAACCCUGCGGCCGUGAAGAAGAUGCCUCGGUAUUGAUCUGCGGGCUCAUCAAGGAACUCUCCUUUCUAAAUCGAACCGUUAUGGCCGCUCAUCGCGAGAUUGAAAAUUUGCGGCGUGGCAGUAAGAAAACAAGGAACUUGCCCCGCUGAGAGGUCGUUCGACUGACAUCGCAAGUUGACGAGCAAUAGAAACGUUGGCUCUGCUUUACUCAAAGAAACAAUUCAGAUGACUGUUUGGCACAAAUUGCGUUUUGAUAUUUACUUCUAUUGCUUUGUUGUGAAGUAAAGCUGGCCUUUAUAUAUCA